AUGACGGAAACGCGGUCGCAGGACGUGAACGAGCGUGAUGGGAACAUGGGGAUGAGUGACGAGCGGCUCCCCACUUCUUCCCACCACCCCGCUGCGGAGGGGGACACCAAUGUCUCGGCCUCCGGCUGCCCUGAGCACUGGGUCGAGCCCCGGUUCACGCAAGCUGCAAGGGUCCGCGUGAUCGUCACGGCCAUCUUCUUCUUCUUGGCGGCGGGCAGCAACGCGGCGGUGCUCGGCAGCCUCCUGAGGAAGAGGAGGAAAUCCCACGUGCGACCGCUGAUCCUCAGCCUGGCACUGGCUGACCUGCUGGUGACAGUGGCCGUGAUGCCUCUGGAUGCGGCGUGGAACGUGACGGUGCAGUGGUAUGGAGGGGACAUCUCCUGCAAGCUCCUCAACUUCCUCAAGCUCUUCGCCAUGUACGCGGCCGCCCUGGUGCUGGUGGUCAUCAGCCUGGACCGGCAUGCGGCCAUCCUCCACCCCUUCUCCCGUGCUCGCCGCCGCAACGGACUGCUGCUCCGCGCUGCCUGGGCCAGCAGCGUGCUCCUGGCUUCCCCCCAGCUUUUCCUCUUCCACCUGCAUACGGUCCCAGGAGGGAACUUCACUCAGUGUGUUACUCACGGGAGCUUCCGAGCACACUGGGAGGAAACUGUCUAUAACAUGUUCACCUUCACCACCCUCUACAUCACCCCCCUGAGCGUCAUGAUCAUUUGCUACAUCCGGAUCAUUUGGGAGAUCAGUAAGCAACUAAAGAUCAAUAAAGGUUUGAUAAGAAAUCAAAAUGACCACAUCUCCAAGGCACGCAUGAAGACUCUCAAGAUGACCAUAGUGAUUGUUGCCACCUUCAUCGUCUGCUGGACCCCAUACUACCUCUUGGGCUUGUGGUACUGGUUCCAGCCAGCCAUGAUCCAGAAAAUGCCGGAGUAUGUCAACCACAGCUUCUUUCUCUUUGGCUUGCUGCAUACCUGCACCGACCCUGUCAUUUAUGGACUGUACACCCCCUCCUUUCGGGAGGAUGUGCAGUUGUGUCUCAGGGGCAUUGAAACAGCCAUCACCAGGCAUGAAAGACACAAACCCAUCUCAGUCUCAGAGAAGAACAUAAAGGAUGGUGCUGUAACUGGUGGGGUGGCAUCAGGGGGCUCCAAUGGGACAACUGUCAACACAGUCUGCUGA